CUUGGGCCAAAGUAAACAUUUGUGUACGCUCGUUUGUCCUUCUGCGACUUGGCGGGGUGACUAAUUGGAGUUUCAGCAGCGGGCGCUGGGGAGGCUGCUUUAAACUAGAUUUAUUGUGGGAAUUGAGCUGCUGUCUGACUGAAGUCACUUUCCUUUGGAGCUAAGAAAGUAAACGACGAGUUUAGUGAUUAUUCUCACAGUCGCCGCGACCACUGCCUGAAGACCGGGACAAUGCGAAUCAUCAGAACGGGGAAGUACAGAGGCACGAUGCAAAGCUGCCGGAAAGGAUGACGAAGAAGGUUUUCACCAACACAAGGGAGAGAUGGAGGCAGCAAAAUGUAAACAGCGCCUUUGCAGAGUUGCGGAAGCUGGUCCCGACUCACCCUCCAGACAAGAAACUGAGCAAAAACGAAAUCUUGCGCCUGGCGAUGAAAUAUAUCGAUUUCCUGGUCAAGCUGCUUAAAGAUCAGGGAAUAGAUCAAGGAAGCGGGGACUUUAGCAAAGCUGUAUCCUUUCCGGAGGUUACCCACGGGCGGUCCCCAGGACAGAGCGUACCGGUAGAUGGGGGCAGCGCCUCUUCGCCAGCGUCAGGCAGCAGCAGCGGUAACGAGAGAUCACUUAGGCUAACGAGGCCGGAGGGAACGGGAUCUUCCUGCGAGCAAUGAUUUUGAAUUCCACGGGAAACCGGGCGGCUGCAGUGUUGAAAAUCUACCGGCGUUCGGGAGGAUACAUUUUCACUUAAUUUGCAGAUGAUAGGUUCUUUGAUGGGUAGAACUGUCGAUACCAAUUUGUGUGCAAUAAGGUACUACAGGAACUUCACUCCCCUGCAACAACUUGUGUAGCCAAUCCUCUUAGUGCAAUCGAUCUGCGUGUCUGAACUGACCUUCCUCAUUGGAAACCAGUUAACCUAAACUGGAACUCAGUCCCAGGGCGAGAAUCAUUGAUACGAGAACAAGAUGUUUGCAAAGUUCACUGUCCGAUGCAUGCUGUUACUUUCGUUCCAAUAAUUAUAAUGUUUAUAUUUUAUUCGUUCUGGUGGAUGGAGUUUGUAAAAUAAGAUUUCAAAAAGGCAUAAACGUACUCUCCCCGCACCCCGAGAUUACUAAUAUAAGAUUGUGACGCGUUGUACAGAAGGGAAGCUGUGGGAUCAUGUUAGUGUCCAAAGGCUUCACAGAGAUUUAACUUUUGUCCACUGCAUGCCUAUCUGGUCCGUAAAAUCUAAUCGCAAUCAAUUACACUUCUAAAAGCACUACAGGAAAUAUUAUGUGAACAUUGCCCUCAAUGUUUUAACAUUUCCCUAUUUUUUUUACGGUUUUGUUUUCUGUCCUAGCUAAAUUGAUAUUAAUUUAACUUAAUUAUCUGAAAGUAUAAUAUAUUGGGAAAAGGAAGAAAUGUUUUGUUGAGCUAGCCAAAGAGUCUGCAAAUGUAUAAAAUGCCAAUGGUUGUCUUUAUGAAUGAUCAAAUAAGGGGGAUUUUCGAAUACAGUGCUGUUUGACACUGGAACUAAUACUAACUAUGGAUAAUCAAUAAGUCAGAUCCCCUGUGAUUGAAAAUCAGUUCUUGGAUCUUGCAAGUAAUAAUUACUGCCAUUACAGGCAUUUCAAACUGACUCAGUUCUGAGUUUAAUGUAUUUAUUAUUAAAAGUUUUCAAACCAAUCACAUUGUAGCAUCUUUCAAAU